AUGACCAACCAUACAGAGCUGAACACACUUGUACCUUGGCAGAGCGGCCCCAAAACGCGCGGUGGGUUGAGCAUAGUAUGGACCUGUUUGGCCCUCAUCGUUACGUGUACCUGGACAACACUGCAUCUCAAUGUGCCGGGACGGGACGAUACUUCUACGACACAACUCCUACGCAAGGUCAAAUGGAUGCUCAUCAUGGUCAUAUUUCCGGAACUCGUCUUUGCGCGCGCCGUGGUCGAAUUGAAGAUGGCGCUCGAUGAUUACUUCGAGAUGGCUGGCCAGACAGAAAAGCUACAGCGCGUAGGUUGGUGUGUGCAUCCUAGCACGUCAGUCCGUUGGAUCCAGCGAAUUCUGGGAGGGGUCCAGAUGCCUUCACCGAUAGUGCAAGAAUCUGACGUGAUCGACAACGUAGACGAUGGUCGAUCGUAUCAUGCUCCAGUCACGAUCGACAACACCGAUGCUCCGACCGCGAGCGGCAGCCUUGCUACGAGAUACAACUUUCCCUACGAACGAAACUGCUACCGUGAGAUGUGUGACGGUCUUGCUGAGGAAGAACCCGCAUGGGACGAAGUCACCUCCGCAGAGAAACCAAGAUAUACCGAGGCAGAGUUCAGUUCCGCUGGCAAAAACUGCAGCGAACAUCGUUGUUAUAGAUGGACCCUGACUCACACGAUCUUCGCAAACAUGGGUGGCUUGACGUCGCCGAUGAACAACGGCUCUGAAGUUUUGUACACGGGAAGGCACCUAGCGUGGGGAAACCCGGGUCGUACAGACAUACUGAGAAAAAACCAUUUCACGGAAGACGACAUAAAUGACAAGAGUAAAGGAGAUGCUUUCGUGCGGGCUUUAUGGGUGCUACAAAUUGCACGGUUACUCAUGGACCUGAUCGCAAGGACAUACCAGAAAUACCCGAUAACGCCUUUUGAGAUCAUCACUGCUUCUUUCGCCGCUUUAUCGUUUAUAGCAGUCAUCAUCCAGUCCAAGAAGCCGUUGGAUGUGCGCAAGCCAAUCUGUUUACGACCCCAGGACGAAAAACCAGACUAUGAUUCCAGGGGUUUUUCGAGCGAGUGGAGCGGCUGGACAAGCUUCACGAAAAAAUUCCUCUCACGAGAACUUGCCGACUAUUUCCACUCUGAGCCCAAACGAAUCAUGAACGAUCAUUAUCGCAAUGAGUUUGAAACUUUACUAUUGUCUAUGCUCACAGGCUCGACGAUAAUUUUCGGUCUGAUACAUUGUGGUGCAUGGAACUACGCGUUCCCUUCAGUUAUCGAAAAGUGGAUGUGGAGAGCUGGAGCUCUUUCAGGGUUGGCGCUUCCUCUACUAGUACUCACUUUUACGGUACUUCUUCAUCCGGUAACGUUCAAGCUGUCUGUAGAGCACUCCACCCUCUCACAAGAGCAAUACAAGAAAGUCGAGUGGUUUUCACAACUUCUCAUGGAAAGUAUCCCAGGUUACAAAAUGCAUGUCCGGCUCUUCGACUUCAUGCAGUACGGGUUGUUGGCGCUGCAUCUUGUCUCCAGGAUCGCUUUGAUUGUCAUCGCUCUGGCAAGCUUUCGGUCUGCACCACAAGGAGUAUAUGUCGCCACAUGGGCCUCUUUCAUACCUACUGUACAGUGA